UGGUCGACGGCCGGCCACAACUGCACAAGGGGACCAGGAGAACUUUUUUGGUUAACAGGCAGAUCAGUUCAGUCUGAGUAACCCGGCCGAGUGUCAACAAGUGGGUUUCUGCGUCUUGGUGGGCCUGGCUACUUUUUUACUAGAGCGAAGAAGAGGCAAAUUAAAUAAAGCGAAGAUGUACAGCAUGAUGGAACACGAGCUGAAGCCGACCGGCCAGCCUCCGACGCACCAGACCUCCCAGGGAAUGUCACCGGUGACGGGCAACAUGACCGGGAACAUGGGCAGCAACGGCAACUCUCACCCCAGCUCCAAAACGGCAUGUCCGCCUGGAGGCGACCCGAUGGAUAAAGUGAAGAGGCCCAUGAACGCUUUCAUGGUGUGGUCCCGGGGCCAGAGGCGCAAGAUGGCCCAAGAAAACCCCAAAAUGCACAACUCUGAGAUCAGCAAGCGCCUGGGAGCGGAGUGGAAACUUCUGACCGACGCCGAGAAGCGGCCGUUCAUUGACGAGGCCAAGCGGCUCCGGGCCGUCCACAUGAAGGAGUACCCGGACUACAAGUACAAGCCACGCCGCAAGACCAAGCCCCUGCUGAAGAAAGACACUCAGGUGGGCAAGUACCCGCUCUCAGCCGGGAACCUGCUGGCCGCGGCGGCGCAGGGCCAAGGCGGGAGUCCCAGGAUGGAGAGCUACGGCUGGGGCCCCACCGGGGGGUACGCCGGCAUGCAGGGAGAGGCGCUCGGCUACACGCAGCAACUCCACCGCUACGAUCUAUCGGCCCUCCAGUACCCCCCUGCAAUGACGGCAGCACAGACCUACAUGAACGGAGCCAACUCAUACAGCCCCAUGUCGUACAGCAGCAGCCCCCAGCAGCCCAGCCCCGUCACCAUGUCCAUGGUGAAACCAGAGCCGGUGUCCCACUCACCUCCGACGGGGACGCCAAGCCACCACCGCGGGCCCCUGCAGGGCGACCUCAGGGACAUGAUCAGCAUGUAUAUCCCAGGCCCAGGAGGGGACACCGGCGACCCCACGGCAGCACAGAGGGGCUACAGCAGCGUCCAGCAGCACUACCUCACUGGGACCGUCCCACUCACACACAUCUAAGAAAAGGGCCGGUUUCAUAACUGGGGAUGAUGGGAUUAAAGACUGAAUGGUGUGGGAGGACCAGUAACAUUCAUGAUGCACAGCUGGCCGGGGAUGGAGUCUGGUCUGGGUGACUCUAGGCUGACAGUAACAUGGCGACACACACACAUACACACUCAAAUACAGGCCCAUGCAUUCCACACAAACACCUGUAAUCACCCACAUCUGGCAGCAAACAUGCAAGGCGUGGCUUUUCUUCUACUUUUAAGAUAAAAAGGCUUUUUCUACCUCUUCAAUUGAUGGCUUAGACUUUACACACAUCUAACCCAGCUAAUUAACCCCCCCCCCCCCCCCCCCCCCCCCCAGCCACAUACACACACACUCAUACACAUGGCUGCGACUCCAACUCAAUUUGCCAGCAUCUCCAGUGGACUUCUCCUCAUGAAGGGCUGCUGUAAAUACAGUGUCAUCUGUUUAUCGUGUACAUAUUAUGAAUUUAGCCUUUUUGUCUUUUACUUUUUGCUAGAACUUGACCAUAAUAACAUCCAAUCACAAACCCUUUUUGAUACCUCAUGUUGCCACUUGUGUCACUGGGGCUCCUGAAUGUUCCACUGUAUACCAAUUCUGCGUCCUCCCUGGUUUGUCCCGUCGUCUGGUGCGGCUGUGACGCCGGCACUCGCAGUGCCGGGUGUUCAACACACACACCCCCCCGGCACCAGGGCUUUCAGUCUUCCACCGCUUCACCUGUGAGCCGGUGACUGCCACCCGCAACCCCAACACUUCAGAGAGGCACCAACAAACACUAGCAACAAGGUGACCCAUCUCCAGGCCGGUGAUGCGCACAUCACAUGACCUGCAAGUGCUCUUCUUAUUGGUUUUUUGAUUGUUGUUGCUCUCCCCUCUUCAAGGAGCUGGAGAGCAGCCUGCUGGGUGAAAUGAGGGGAGGGAAUUACACAACUUGAAUAAUAAGAAAUAUUUUUCUAAGAAUGAACUUUGUGCCUUGGGCUUGGUUGAGUGAAUGCCUUUUUUAUUAUUUUUUUUUAUCAGUUGAUCUCAAUCCUAUUGGAUGACAUGGUAAAUACCUUGGACAAUCGUCACUGCAUCCAAUGGAGUAAACACUGUACAAACUCUGCUAAGAUCUGUGUUCUUUUAGAAUGCAAAAGUGAUAUGAUUGCUUCAUUUUUAAAUGCUUACAAAAAUCUUAACUACUGUAAUAUUCUGGUCUGGUAGCUAUCAGCCGCACUCAAACCACAUCACUGGAUUGUAAUGCUCAAGCUUAAAAGGCAUGUGACUUGCUGCCAUUUUGAGUUUAAUUAUAUGGUGUAAUUAGUUAUUUUUUUUAGAUGGAUUUGCCGUUUGUUUGACCCUUUGUUUUUGUAAAUGUUCUUUUAGUUGAGUUGCGCUGUUCUGGCAGCAUCCAAAGUUGCUCUUUUUAAUAAUUGUCACUUGCUCUAGGCAGGUGUUACAGUCUUAGGAUUUAUCAUUAACUGAAUGAAAUUUGAUGUGAAAAGCUGCAUUUCCAUUCAACGGUGUUACUCUCAACAAAAUAAAAACUUGCAGGUACACUUGAAUAAUUUAAUCCAUCUUGGAAAACCACAAGAACCCCCCACCCCCCCACCUUUUUUUUUCUUUUAGGACAUAUCCUUUUUAUUCUUAAUUAAGCCAUUUCACUUUACCGUUAAUGAAGAGAAUGUAUCAAAGUCCCAUUAAAUCUACAACAAACCUGUUUUGUUUCCAUCUUUGACUCUCUUUCAGAUAUGUCCAUCUGAUUCUUGACUAAUUUUGCUUCAAGGUUUUUCUGAUCAUAGUCGCCCCGAAGUGACAUCUCUGUGGGUCAUUUCCCUGUUUUUGUUUUGACGUUUUCCACCCCGCUGUCAGAACAGUUACCAGUGCUGCUAUGGACUUAAAGGGAACUACAUUUGGAUAUUUUCAAUCUGCAAAAACUGGGUGAAUAUUUAGCAUGUUGUAGAUUGUCAUGUGGACCGUUGCUCUAGUUCUGAGGAAUCCAUUACUAACAAGAACUUGCUUGCAUUGGAAAAGGGUAAAUUGUAGUCAUCCUGAUUUAUCACUUUUUGAAAAGGGAGGUCUGUCACCUUAAGUUAUAUUAAAGAAAUGCGUGAAUGUUUACAUUGCAAUCCAAGUGUUUGAAAAUUAACUUUAAUACUGACAUGUAUUUCUAUUUUUAGUAUGUUAAUACUCAUGCUUGUAAAUAGUGUAAGAUACAAAGUUUUGCAGCAUUCAUGUACAUAUUGUAUAAAACUUUUUUGUGGCUCUUAUACUAAGGGUCUUAAUGUUUUU